AGUCCAACUGCAGGGAGGAGGCAGACUCAGGAGGCGGGGCUCGGUGCCACGGGCAGCCGACGUGGCCCGAGGUCCCCCGCCCCGCCCCGCUCCGGAUCGGGGGUCCCCGGGCCGGCGGCGGUGUCCCCAACUCUCUGGACCGGAUGGCGGACCUCCGUCCAGAUCCUGCCUCCGAGCCCGAAUCGGUGUUCCCGCGGGAGGUCGGGCUCUUCGCCGACUCUUACUCGGAGAAGAGCCGGUUCUGUUUCUGUGGGCACGUGCUGAGCAUCACGCAGAACUUCGGGUCCCGCCUCGGGGUGGCCGCGCGCGUGUGGGAUGCGGCUCUGAGCCUGUGCAACUAUUUCGAAAAUCAAAAUGUGGAUUUCCGAGACAAGAAGGUGAUCGAACUGGGUGCGGGGACCGGCAUCGUGGGGAUCUUGGCAGCGCUGCAGGGGGGGGAUGUUACCAUCACUGACCUGCCCCUGGCCCUAGAACAGAUCCAGGGCAACGUCCAGGCCAACGUGCCAGCUGGAGGCCGGGCCCAGGUCCGCGCUUUGUCCUGGGGGAUUGACCAGCAUGUCUUCCCUGGCGAUUAUGACCUGGUGCUGGGGGCUGAUAUUGUGUAUCUGGAGUCCACCUUCCCACUGCUGCUGGGGACACUCCAACACCUGUGCGGGCCCCAUGGCACCAUCUAUCUGGCCUCCAAGAUGAGAGAGGAGCAUGGGACAGAGAGCUUCUUUCAGUACCUCCUGCCCCAGCAUUUCCAGCUGGAGCUGGCCCAGCGGGAUGAGGAUGAGAAUGUCAACAUCUAUAGGGCCAGGCACAGGGAACGAAGACCUGUUUGAUGUCAUCCUUCUGCUUCUCCGGACCCCUUGUCCUAAUGAAGAAACUGCCACAUCUCCAAAGCCAGAAACAUAAGGACCAAAAAGGAUGGAUUUCCCUUGCCUCUCUCUCCUCCUUCCUUCUUAGUUUCCCCAGGUACUCUUGGGCAGGUACAGGGAGGUGCCUGCUGGCUAAGAAUCUAGAGCCCUAGCAGCGCUGGAUUAGAGCACAAAGGACGUUCCUAGCUCUUGUUCUCAGCAAAGGAUGAUGAUGGGAGGGUAUCCAGGGUUUUGAGGCGAAGGGGAGGUAAAUGAGAUGUGAGAACAGUGGCUGCAGAGAGACUGUCACUGAUCACGUCCAGUCCUGCUAUUGUCUUUUUAUACAGAAUAUAUGUAUUUGGCCAAAUUCUACUGGAAUUUUUUUUUUUUUUUUAAGGGAAAGAAACAUGAGCAUUAAAGAUCUCUUCUACAUCCAAAGAACUCAGGCUUUUGUUGGGGUGCGGGCAAGUAAGAAGCCUCAGACCACCCACUUCUUGCUUCUAGAGAUAGUCUGGUGGGACCAUGGCUCUAACUGGGUCAGGUCCUCCCAGGCCUGAAGCUGGGGAUAGGAAGCAGAGCUGUCCUUUGGCCUGUACCUUCUUCAUUCUUUUUUGGAGUUGGGGUCCUGAUCGCUAAGUACUUGGUUCUUCUCUUUAUUUUUCUUUAGGUGUCUAAACCCUGUCAGUCCUUCCUUCCUAAUGUGUUUUGCCUUCAUCUCUUUUCUCUUCCCACUGUGGUAACUCUGAUUGGGGCUAUCCUUACUCCUCAGGCCACAUAUCACUUCCUCUGGCCUCCUGGCCUCCAACUUUUCCAAAAGCAUCCCUGAUUUGCUUCUGCUGCUGCCUACAGAAGCAAGAGUAAGCUCCUCUGCUUGGUACUCAGUCUAUCCUAGUUAAUCCCAAAUCACCCUCUACUUCAUUUCCUGCUUGUUUCCAAAUGUAUUGCAACCUCGGGCCAAAAGUCUUCUCUUUGUUCCCUAAAUCCACACCAAGCUUCCCUGACUCCUUUCUUCAUUCUCUUUGAUGAUUCCUUCCCUGGAAGGGCUAUUUCUAUCGGUCAAAAUCUUCACUACUCUUAGCCUCUAUCCUGAAAAAAAGCUUUUCCUGAGCCCUCUGUUGGGAUGUGAUUUCUUUCUCCUUUGACACCCUAACUGUUCAUCUUAUGAGACUUACCUUGUCUUGGGUGGUCAUGUGUCUGCUCCCUAUUUUCUCACCGUUAGAUAGAUUGCAUGGGAGGGUAGGGCUGUAGUUAAUUACUCUAAUUCCCUGAAGCCUAGCAUAGUUCCUGGCACACUUAUAUUUAUUUAGUGUUCAAUAGAUAUUUUACUCAUUCAACAAAUAUUUAUUGAGUUUGUUGAAGGGACCAUGCCCCUACCUUUCCCAGGUGACCUCUGGCAAAUUUCUGAACCCACCCACCUACCUCACAAUUUUGUCUUGAUUCAUAAAUGGAUACUAAAUAUGAAAGAGCAUUGGAAAUAAAGAAACAAAGUGUUA